AUGUUCGUAACUCAAUUCAUGGCUGGAGUUGUAAGAAGGAAACCGGCAGGCACUUUAAUGUCGAUACAACAAGGGCGAGAUGAGUCCCUUAAGGAGUUCCUCCAGCGCUUCAAUCAAGCAAGGCUCACUACUGAGAGCCCCACCGAAGAGUUCGUGCAUUCGGCACUUUAUCAGGGGAUCAGGAAAGAUGGGCCGCUGAUGGCUGACCUCGCCCGAAAGCCGACUCGUUAUCUGCAUGAGUUCAUGGAGAGGGCAGACGAGUUUAUCAACCAAGAAGAGACUCUUCGAGCGUUGCUCAGGAAAGGAAUCGCCCAAACCUCUAAUCAGGGGGAUAAGCCUAAGAAAAAGAAGGAAUUCCACAAGAAGCAGGAUACAACGGAGCCCGGGAUUAAGAAGAAAUUCCAGGAUUACAACUGGACCCCCCUCAACACGCCCAUCGAAGAGGUCCUGGCGGCGAUUAAAGUGGAUCCCAUGUCCUUGCGGGCCUUAAUCGAGAAGUUUAUCCGGAACGGGAAGCUUGUCCGUUUCCUGGAAGGUCAACGGGGUCCGCCUGGGUUUGAUCGGAACCCCCAGCCCGAGGAACGGAGGAAUCAGCCGCAGAGAUAUCGGGAAGAGCCCAGAGAAAGGAUGGAACGUCCUCGGGAUCGUGAUAGAGAGCCUAACAACCGACCUGCCGACCGGGACAGGCGAGAGAGAAGCAAGAGCCAAGCGCGGCUGCCUGGUCGGGAAAACCUCUGCGAAAUUCAUACAAUAUCCGGCGGUUUUGGAGGUGGAGGAGACUCAAGUGCGGCACGUAAAGCAUAUGCGAGGCACCUCAAGGAGUUCGAGAUAUACUCGGUCCAGAGACCGCCGAAAAUGAGAGAGUAUGAGGACUUACUCAUUGGUUUCUCAAAUGAAGAUUUUGUUGGGGUCUCGCUCCCCCACUCGGACGCUCUGGUGGUGACUUUAGCGAUCGCCAAUCAUAAGAUACACAGGGUCCUUGUCGACACUGGGAGUUCGGCCGACAUAAUAUAUAAGUCAGCCUUCGAGUUGAUGAGCAUAGGUCAAGGGAAGUUGGUCCCGGUGAAGGGUCCCUUGGUCGGUUUUUCCGGAGAACAGGUCCUCCCGAUCGGGUCUAUUGUCCUACCGGUUAUGGCGGGAACUAGCCCCCAGGAGAAAACGGUUAUGGUGAAAUUCUUAGUUGUGGAAGGGCGGUCGGCUUACAACGUUAUCCUGGGGAGGCCAGCCCUGAAUGAUUUGGGGGCCGUAACCUCAGCCCCCCAUCUGUGCAUGAAGUUCCCGACUAACUCAGGAGUUGGUGUGGUCAGGGGCGACCAGAGGGCUGCCCGCAUGUGCUAUAUCACCACCCUGAAGGCCGGCCACACGGAAGAUGCCGGGGAAGAGGAGAAAUAG